UAGGGCUUGUGGUAUUGCCGAAUUUAAAGUCGGCGGGCACUCUGCAUCUCCAGCUGAUCGAUCAAACAAAAAAUAUUGAUACACAGGAAUUGAAGAAAAAAUGCUCUACAUUUAGAAAGAGAAAGUGAUUAUAAGCUCUCACGAAAUGGACAAGAAUCUGGAUGAGGUCAAAGGCACCGUGCAAAAGAAGUUCAAUGAAAUCCGUGCAGCACUACAUAUGCGCGAAAAGUUGCUCCUGCGGCAACUGGAGGUCAUAGCAAAUACUCGACAGCAGCAGCAGUUGCUGAAAAAAUCUACCUCUGCAGUAGAGAACUCAGAUAUAAAGAAGGAACAAAGUGGAGUGCGAUUUAUCCCUGGGGAAGACGAAGAUGCGGAGGAGAAGCUACUGGCCGCUAUUAGGAGCUACGGUCACUUCCUGCUGGACAACAGUGACAUGCAGCUGGCGCUGCAGGAUUAUCGCACCACAGGGUUAAGGAACGAGGAUUAUAUAGAGCCUUUAGAUGACCACGAAACCAUGUACAAGUGCCUGCAGGAUGGGCAAGUAUCAUAUCUCGAUCUGGACGAAGAUGGAGCCCCACCGGAGGCCAUUGUGGUGGACUUUUCCCGCAAUAGAUCUCUGGUAGAAGACAAUGCUAAGCGCUCCAUCAUCAACAUAACUCUGCAGGAAGCCAAGGAUCUGAUAAAGAAGGCCAAGAUUAAAAGGGAAACCUAUGUGCCACCAUUGAACUUGGAGGAACUCGAUGACGAGUUGGAGUCGUCGAUUGCUGAAGCUGUAUCUAGCUUGGGCCGAGAAACCUCUGUCAAAUCAAAAAUCAGCGUGCAAGAACCACCGAAAACCAAGAGCCGCAAACAGCGCUUCAAGCCAAAGAUCACCAUCAACAACUGCAAUGGCACUAUCAACCUACGCAAUAUUGCCAGCUUGACGAUUAACUGCGCCAGCGAAGAGGCAGUCAGUGCGGAGAUUCCUUUGGCAAAAUCAGCUGAUUCCAGUACCACCGAACCCUCGAAUUCGACGCCCACGACCACCGCCUCCAGUUCCAAUUACUCCAGUAAUGCCAGCUCCCGUUCGCAAUCCAAAAAGCAAAAGGCAAACAAAAAGCAGGAGAAGAUUGAGCGCGAACCUAGCUCUGAUUCCACGCCUACGCCUGGCCAAGCCCAACGCUACGAAGAGACCGAGAUUCACGAUGUCACUUGCGAUUUCUACAAUCGCCUCCUCAACGAGAUCAAGAAGAGCAUGGUGGAAAAGCCGCGCAGGACUUACCACCAAGUGGCAGAGCCAGUACAAGCUGCGGCUGCCGAUUCCAGCUGCGAUGCCAAUUCCAAUCCUAGGCAAACGGCUCCCAAGCAGGAGCCAGUAUCCACCACCACAACCACAUCCCUAACUCAAAGCGAAUCGGGACCGCAAGUGCAGCCGGGCAAGAGGCUAAUCCUUAAGAACUUUGAAAACCUUAAGAUCAUCCUAGAGGCAAACAGUGGCGAUGAGGACUCAUUCCAUCCUGUCCAGAUCGAACAAUGGCUGGCGGAAAUCAUCUCAGAAACGGAUUUGGAGCCCAUGCAAAACACAGAUAUCCUGGAGCACAGCCGCAUCCAUAGCAGCGAGAGUCCCUAAAGCUGGGGUUGCACUAUAUUCCGAAAUAUUUAUCCUUAAAGCACUCAGUAUUUUCUCUUCAUUAUGUGUAGCUAUAGUUUCCUUAACUUGUUUUUAAUUUUAGUUAGUUUUGAUUUCAUUAGAGAGAUUUAAUCAUGUUUUUAGUUCCAUUUUAAACUAAUUUUGGCGGAAAUAGAGUUUUAGACAUGUUAUAUAGAUCAUUUUCCUAUCUUAAAUCGAAUAUUUCAAAGUUUACGUUCCAAGGAAUGAAAUGCAUUAACUUUCGUUAAUUGGAAAACGAAGUUAGUAUUAAGCAACAAAUAAGAUAAUAUUUCAUAAUUUAGUUAUAUUUCAAUAACCUUUUCCGCCAAAUUUUAAACCGAAAACAAAAACCUGCCCUAUUAUUUUAUGUACUUAAUGCAUUUGAUUUUGUGAUUUUUAUCCUUUUGUAAGACUUGAACUCGUACCAAUCUAGCAAGUAAGCUCCAGGCAGUGUUCAGUGCUCACCGUAGCCCAUUUGUAAAUGCAAUCGAAGAGACCACAUUAAAGUGUUAAUUGCCAUC